AGAAAACGCUAAAUGCCAACGGAAAAUCAAAAAAAUAGAAAAACUACUCGCAUCGCAGUUUCGGAUUCUGUCUCUCUAAAAAAAUAAAAAAUUCGUGCUUGUUUUAGUAGAAAAGAUGAAAAUUUCAUUCCCAAUCAAUAUAGUGACGAUUCUUCAUAAACGAUAGAGCCAGCUGUCGCGGUUCUGUGGACCCAGACCGCUUCGCAAUUAUGUCCGAUUUCAAUCCGAGAGAGCCGAUUCGAUUGUCUGAAAUUGACAACCUACUCGAGGACAGCAUAUUCAAAUCAUCCAAUGGAGCCAAACUUGCAGACUACAUUCGGAAGAAGCGUGGAGGCGGUGGUCGCGUUCGAUUACACAACAUCUUCGAACAAGUGGCUGCCAAUCUGCCAAAACCCAACUUCAACUUCGAUAUGGACUCAUCCGAUCCUAAUCCGCUACCGGACUCUCCUGCUAUAGCAGAACAGCUAGAAUCAGCUGCUCCGGAAUCGAUAGCGACUACCAGCGCUGCUCCGGUGCCAAAUGAAAACGUCAUCAUCCAAAUGGUUGCUACAACUCCCCCCGCCGAAACUCCUUCGAAGGUGGUUGUUGAUCAUGCCAAGCUGCCAUCGCCUAGAAGUCGCGCAAAAUCACCGGUCCCUGUUUUAAAUCUUGGCAAACAAGCGCUCCUCAAUCAGUAUCAUAGAACUAAUAUGGCCAAGUGUGAACUGCUGAAGCAGAUCACGUCCAGUACGCCGAAACCGGAUACUAACGUGACAAUGAGCCGAAUAUCUGCCUUCACUACGUCAAUUUCGCCGAUUAUUGAAAGCAGUGCGUCACCUAUUGAAUCCGAACAAGUAGUGCCCCUGCCGGUCGUGAUAAAUCAUCAGGAACCGGUGAUGACAAAUCCUAUUCCAACAAAGUCAACUGAUCCGGCACCGCCGAUACAGGUUCUAGCUCCUUGCUCACAAGCUCCAACAUCAAACACUCCGCAGAAGGCGACUGUUGUUGUAGCUCCCGCAGAGCCUGUUGAAACCGAACCUGACAUGGUAAUACCAGAAACUCCUAGUCCAAAUAAAGUGCCCUCCGAAUCUCCUAAAUUAGCUCAUCACAUUCGGCCUCGCAAACUUACCGAUACUUUCAACAAAGUGCAGAACGACCUAGUGAGUGCACCCAACGGAAACAUGACAUCCGAUGAAAGUGAAUCAAUAGCAGAGGAGCAACCUUCAAUGAUCAACGUGUCACAGCACAAUGGUGACAACAGCGUCAUGGUGAAAAGCAUUCUUAAGGACAAAGACGCUACACCGUCCAAAAAGCGUGUUUCCAAUCGGGUUUCCUUCUCCCAGCAGUUAGUUCACGAACGAGAGAUUUCACCGGCUCCUUCUAUCCCAGAAGCGCAUUAUUCAAGCUCAUCGGAUGAUGAUGAUGAUGAUGACUACAGUUCAGACAAUGAAAGCGAAGAAGAGUACGCAGUCGUAGACGAGGUCUACAGUGAUGACGGGGCUGAAUGUGAUUCCAACGACAUUCGGGAAAAUUAUAAUGCAGUUGUUAGUAAUAAGAUCACUUUGGAAAAACAAAUGGAAAGGCUUCAUGGAAGGUCGCCUUCGCCACUGAUAAAUGUUGUUGAAGAAGCUCCUGUGCGAUGGUAUGAAACAAGAACUCCAAGACAAGAAACCAUUGGAUUGGUACCAUUUGCAACAUGUACUAAGGAAAACAAGACCAAUCUACAACUGGUGGAUAUUAUUACGGACUGGGAUGAGGAGGACGAGUAUGGAGAGGAUGACCAACAGGAGCAAGCACAGCAGGAGCAGGAACAGCAGGAUAAAGAUCGACAGACCCCAGAAAAAGAACCUCAUCGUCAAACCGUAGAAAUACCCGAAACACAGCAAUCAACACAACACACAAACCAAACUAAUUGCCAAACUAUAGACAUAACCAACGUUGAGGAUUCGGCGGAACGUUUAGUCGAGCUUCCAUCUCUUCCUGAGGGCUGUGAUGUUUCAAACGAAUAUGCAGAACCCGCUUCGCCGUUGCAGGUCAUCAGUCCUCCUUCGCAAUUUACCGAUUCGGCUAAACGGCGGUUUUUGCGGGAGAACGAUGAUGCGCUCAUAUCACGGCUGCAGAAUGAGAUCCCUGAUUCUCAGCGGCCACCGACUCCCAGUACCAAUGAAAAAGUGUCAGAGACUUUGGCUGAAGUCAUUCAAUCAUUCCGUGAGCAACUUCCAAAGCCCUCUGCUCCUGAGUCUAGUAGAGCGUUAGUUGCAGUUUCUAAAAAGAAACGUCGAGUUAUUAUUGACCCGGCCACUACAAGCUAUUUCGAGACGGUUGAAAAAACCUUCGUUAAGCCUAAAGCACCAGCUGCCAGCACCACACAACUAACAACGGCUCAGAAACGGAAGUUAUAUGCAACAUCAAAACCUUUAGACUCACCGGAAAAAUCAAAAACUGAUCCGGGAAUAUUGUGCAAAAAAAUUAAUAUUGUAAUACGCAGGUUAAAAUUAGAUGAAUGCUUGCAGAUGUUGACAGACGCUGAUCGAGCAGUACUGCUGGGUAUCAAUAAAGUGGGAAAGAAACCAAGGCCGAAGCUCGGUAAAAAGAAGGACAGAAAUCCGCAGAAUAGGAUAGACACUCAAUGCGAUGCUCAAGCACAGAGAAAUGUAUCGCCGGUAAACAUUUGUGUAGAGUCUGAUGCGAAUAGUGUUGAAUCAAAUUUUUGUGGAUUUCCCGAUAGCGAGAAUUUACAACGGCCUCCAGAUUCGUUGAGCCAAGACAGAGACCAUGCAGGCACGAAUUUUGUUACGACAAAUGGUGGGGUUGAUACACAGAGGGACAUUCAACAUAGUCCAAAUACCGAAAUAGCUAGAGAAUCUGUAAGUACAGCUGUCGAAGGUGGGAAGGCAAAACAUCCUAAGAGUGGUACUGAUGGACAUUCGGAAAUAAGACUGAUAUCCAAUGGAGACAACGUGCAACAGGCGGAAACGUCGGAUGCGGUGAAUCGGCAAUCGAAAACGGAUAACCAAGAGAAGGAAACGACAAUAUCUCGACAACCACCUACCAGCGAUAGUGCUGAUAAUGCUCAAAAAAACUUGCAGAAAAAUCCAAGAUUACCGAAAAAGCGAGGUAGACCUCGCAAGGGACCUAUUGUGGAUAAAGCAAAUGCGGCGCUCAUCAGCUCAUCAAUUGUUAAAACAAAUGAGCGGGUUUCCACGGUAUCCAGUGGCGAAGUUCCUUCGUUGAAAAGUGGCGAGGAAGUAGUAACGCCAAGUUCGGUAAUAUCCGAAAGACUCGAUUCGGCGCCCAUUGAUAGCGGAAGAGUAUUGAACACUGAAUCAACACAAUUUAUAUCCAGCGAAAAAGAGGCUACCGGGAAAGCUAAUAAAAAAACAUCUAGAACAAAAUUGUCCUCAACAUCCAGUGAUGCUAAGGUUUCCGGCAGUUCUGAACUUUUAUCGCCGGACAGUUUGCCACUGAAAAAGCGCAGCGUGCGGACGAUAUCCGAAGAUGGACCUCCGACGUUGGAACCCUUCGGUGGCAAUAAUGCCAUGGAAACAAGCGAUAUUGAACCACCCCUACUUUUAUCACAAGAUCCUGUACCGGCUACUACUAGCAAACGGACAAAGAAAAGUAAUACCGAUAAACAUCAUGAAAAACAUACGACGGAAACAUCCGAAAAACAGCAUAAAUUGUAUAAAUCGAGAUACUACAAAGACCCGGAAGACGAAAACGAUGAAACAUGGAUGCCGUCUAAGAAAAAUCAAAAGAAUCAGUACAACCGACGAAUUCGGAGGGAGAACGAAGAUAAUCGGACCAAAGCUAAUAGUGCGGACGACUCGGACUCGGAACCAAUUCGCCGAAGCAAACGCAAGUGCCGUCUGGCGAAAGCAACCCUAAUGUCGAACCCACAGAAGUCUGUCUACGAUAAGCCCGACUAUAAGCUAAUGACGGAGGAAGAACUGAUCACAAUGCAAAGGCGCCUGGAAGAGGAAAAACGUAGGAAGAAGAAAGCUAAGGCUACUGCUGACGGUGCUCAGGCAUGUGAAAGCAGUGCUAUGCCACGACCCAUAAGUCGAAAACGCGUUCAGGGUGAUCCAGAGGAACCUGUGACGUCCAAGCGAAACAAGGCCGAUGAUAAUUCAACGCAAGCUUCGCAACAUGAGCAACUACCAAUGGAUGCUGAUGCCGACGCGGGAACUGUGACUACGGAUCGUUUGAUGCAAGAAAAGAUGGAUACAUACGAGUGGAUUCAUAAGCUUAUGCAUGGAAACCCAGAGGAGAACGAACGCAUGCCUGUUGUGGCUGACCUAGUGCACUACUCGCUGCAGCAUCUCAACUUCAAGGAGCACAACGGCAUACAGUAUUCAUUUUACCUUCGUUCCGACAAUGAAAAUUUUGGUUUCCUGCGGUUUUCUCCUCAGGCAGUGAAAAAGCUCACCAAAACAUCAAACUUCCAGCUGAAUUUUCUCGUCAUCUCAGGCAAUCUCACUUUCACCUUGAAUGGUAACACAUGCCCCAUCAAAAGUGGAGACUUUCUUAUGCUGCCAGCAAAUUCGAGAUACGCUAUUCAAAACGGUGAGGAAGUUUCUCUCAUCUUCAUGGCUAAGAUAUGUUCCCAAGAAGCGUAGAUAUUUCAACGUGAAAGGGGACGAGUUUCCGUACCUUCUUUGUAAGUUAUUUUUAGAUUUAAUGUUUUUCGGAGCUAUUGUAUGAACAUAUUAGAUGUUAAAUCGAUUUUAGUUUGCGCUGGAUUCUAGCAACAGUACUGUUCAUUAUUUAAGAGACAGUGCUCAUAAUAGUGGAUAAAUUUUCUUUAAUAUAAAUGUUUUACCCAUUAUAGUCAAA